CGUCGCCGCCCAAAAAACGGGGAAUUCAAACAGAGCCACCAUUUCUCUCAACACAGCGAGUACAUAUUUUGCUUGUCAUCUGGGAAGUGAUACUCUGCUCUCUGGGGAACAUUCCCGCCCAAAAAUUUCGCCGUCUUCAACCCAGACUCAAAUAAGAGCCCCAAAAUAGUCAGUCAGCUACUCAUCAUCAAGAGGAGAGGAUCAUUCGUUUAUUUACUUCGGAGCUGUGGAGAUAGGGUAGGGUACCUCCAGUGUCUUCUGCUUUAGAGAUGACGACGGAGAAGAAUUCGGAAGGUCCGGGAACGCCAGCUAUUCAGUUGGACCAAGUAAUCGAAGGAGACACUAUUGGCUCCAGAAACUACCGCUUCGUGAAAGUUGGAGAAUCUGUGCCGAUUAAACCUCCUGGAAAAGAUGAUUCCCUGUACGAUUCCCAUAAUCCUCCGUCGAAGCCUUUGGCUGUCUCGGAACGAUUUCGCCUACUCUUCAUCGCGCACUCUAAUGGUUUUUAUGUAGCAAGGACAAAGGAAGUCAUGGGUUUGGCAGAGGAAAUCAAAGACAACGGGAGUAGUCAAUCGAUUGACGAGUUGAGCAUCCUGAUCCUAUCUAUUGGAAGAGUUUCCAUAUUGGCACUGUCUUCGGGUGAUUCCUUGCUCGCUGCUUCUGUAGCAAACCAACUCCAUUUCUUUUCCAUUAGCGCUCUACUUCAUAAGGAACAAAAACCAGCUUUUUCAGUUUGCCUCGAUGACUUCAGUUGCAUCAAGGACAUGAAAUGGGCUAGAAAAGCGGAAAAGAAUUAUGUUGUUCUAUCAAGUGAUGGAAAGUUACACCAGGGAAUUGGUCAAGGUUCUCCUAUGAAUGUGAUGGACAAUGUUGAUGCUGUGGAAUGGAGCCCGGACGGUGCUUUUGUGGCUGUGGCAAGAAAGAAUGUUCUGGGUAUCAUGUCAUCCCAGUUCACCGAAAAGCUCAGCUUUUCACUAUCUUCCACAUCGAUUAUAGUGGAUUCUAUCAGAUGGCUUCGUACAGAUAGUAUCGUUUUAGGAUGCUUGGAAGGAGGUGAUGAGUCUGAGCAGGGAAGUUACUUUAUUCAAGUCAUCGCGACCCAGAGCUUGGAAAUUACAGAUGCCUGUUCAAAGCCAGUUGUGCUGUCAUUCAGUGAUGCAUUUCUAGAUUACCAGGACAACGUUGUGCCCGGUGCGACUGGACCAAAUCUGUUCGUGAGUUAUCUAGAUCAUCAGAAGCUUGCGUUCAUUGCUAACAGGAAGAAUCUCUCUCAACACAUUGUGAUACUUGAUUGGUCACAAGAUGGCAAUAAAAAUGAACCUGCAAUAGUUGAGCUAUUAAAUGAUGCUUGGCGUGCAUACAUUGAAUCUCAAGGGAAUGGUGAUGAUAAUUUGAUCUUGGCAUCGUAUGUUGACAAGGUUUCCCAGAAUCAUGAAAUUAGAUGCAUUGUUGGAGAAGCAGAGACUGAACUCUCUCCUUGUUGCAUUCUUCUUUGCCUCACCAUUGAUGGGAAGCUUUCCCUAUUCCACUUUUUCAGUGCUACAGGUGCUUUGGGUUCUCCUGAGGUUAUUGCUGACUCUGAUGGAAAAGAGGAUGGUUAUGCCGUCAUGCUUCCAGAACAUGGCUUGUCUGAGAUUUCUUCGGAAGUCAGGGAGCAAAAUGUGCAGCAUGUAUCUCUUCGCUUGGAACCUGAUGAUUCUGGGAUGGUUGAACCUCAUACAGUUGAUGAUGUUGUUACAGGAAACAGCAAACUAUCUGCAUCCUGGGAGAGCAAAAAGCCUGAUAAACAAAGUAGUUUUGACAACCUGGAGCAGAAACCUCCUAUAAGUUUUGAGAAACUAAAUGGUGACAAUGAGGAGACAUUUACUAUUCCAAUGCCAAACCAAGAUGGAGGUAACCAGGAGCUUUUAUCAGCAGAAAAGCCAGGUCCUAAAUCAGAAGAUUUGCCUUCCAAGACUUGCCACCUUGAGGCUCCUGGAAUUAGGGAUAGAGAUUUCUGCAAGACAGAAGCAUUUUCUGUAGCCAAACCUCAUGUAAAUUCCUUUUCGGUUUCAACUGAUUUGUCCAGCCAGUCUAUUAGCAAAAAUCUACAAGCAUCUGGCAGUCUGGAAUUCCGAGAAAAUUAUGUACUAACUGAUCUAAGGACUGCAUCACCUUCCUUCUCAAUUGCUAAAUCGACUCUGUUGGAAACUUCUGAUGAAAAGUCAUUAUUAUCAUCUAUUGGCAUUAUCGAUAAGAAAUCACCCGGAAUUCCAGAUAGAAACACGUUACAUUCUACUGGAUGUCUAUUUCAAUCUCCUCCAAAGUCAAAGGAGACUGCUGCCCCUGCAGUUACAAUAGAUUCUUCAGGACAGAGACCUAUGGCCAAGAUGGGAGAUAUAGGCUCGGUAUCUGCCUUUGGCAACUCACAAGUUAUUUUGCAGGAAAGCUUUGCUUCAGGAUUGUCUUCGGUGCCUCGAAUCUAUGAAGAACAUUUGUCUGCUUCCUCCCAAUGGCCCAAUAAUGAGCAAAAGUUAUCAAAACAGAUCUGCAAUGUUGAAGUAAUGGCCAGAAAAAUGGAUAGCCUUCUAGAAGCUAUUGGAGGAGCAGGCGGUUUCAGAGAUGCUUCAACUACUUCACAGGAAGACUCAGUAGUAGCAUUGGAGGAAGGCUUAUGGACAAUUUCAGAAAGAUGCAGAAUGUGGAGGGGAGUACUGGAAGAGCGAUUGAGGGAGAUCCAGCUGCUCCUGGAUAAAACAGUGCAAGGUAUAUUUUUCGGCAAAGAGAAUAUGUUGCAGGGCAUUUUCCAGCAAGCUACUGAUAAAUGGUAUUGGGAUCUUUGGAAUUGUCAGAAGCUGAGUUCUGAAUUGGAGUUGAAGAGAAAGCAUAUAAUAGAAGUUGAUCAGGAUUUAACCAGUCAGCUGGUUGAACUGGAAAGACAUUUCAAUACCAUCGAGUUUAAUAGGUUUGGUAAAAGUGAAGUAGCUCAAACAAUCCAAGGGCUAUUCAAAGGAGUCAUGGGAAAUCAAGUUUGUUAUGUGGAAGCCAACCUCUGGCAACAGUCUUUUUAUAGCUUACAGAAUACAAUGGGUGCACAGUUAGCUGCUGCAGAGAAGCUCUCAGAAUGCCUCCGGAAACAGAUGGCUGCACUUAAUGUGCAGUGCCCAGCUAAAAAACAGAAUCUAAGAAGGGAGCUGUUUGAAACACUUGGGCUUACAUAUGAUGGUGCCUCUUACAACUCUCCAAGUAACCAAAAGGCAUCAGACACCCUAACAAAGCAACUUCUGAAAACGUCAUGUUCUUCUGUCUCUGCUAAGGAACUGUCUUGUAGAAAUCAAUAUACUCCUGUGAAGGCUUCUGAAUCAGAAAUUGUUGCUGAAAAACACGUAAAGCAAUCUAUUGAAUAUUCCAUGGCUCCAUCUCAGUCAGCUGAUGCUCUUGCAGACCUGCAAUGCAAGUAUCAAGAGAAGGUUCGCCUGCAGUGUGAACUUCGAGUCACUGUCAGGAGUGAUUCUAGAUGCAUUCAGCAGUCUAAAUUACCCUGCUUUGAUGCUCCAUCCAUCCCUGAGAGGCUUCCUGGUGUGUCUAUGACAUCAAGUAAGAAUGAUGUUGAGAUUCCUAACAAUGAAGUUCCAAGAAAAGAAGUGAAAAAUACUUUAACCACCACCAAAAGCUCACUGUCUGAUUCCAAUAGCAGUUAUAAAGCUUCAGUAUCCCCAGCAGAGCCCAUUGCUUUAUCCCCCAGUUUCUCUCAAAAGAGUGUAGACACUGAAAUUGCAAAAAGCAAAAGUAGUCCUGACCGAAACACAUCAAAAGCAUCUAACCUUAUAGUUUCUUCCUCUCUAACAUCCGCAUCUUCCCUGCCUUUUUCAAUUCCAAAACUGGACGGAUUUUCAUCUACUACCCUGCUUUUUAAAAAUGGGAAUGCUGGUACUCUAGAAACUGGAUCUCAGCCUCUUGUUUCUGUAUUUGGUUCAAAAAGAGAUGGAGAUUCCACUAAGGGAACUAGGCUAUCCAAUUCUAGUUCAGCAAUAGGAGAAGCUUUUGAAUUACCGUACCACACAAUCAACACAGUUACUGAAUUGUCUCCCAGUUUAAAAUCUGAGAAUCAGCCCAGUAUCAGUAGCAUGUCAGAUGCUACCACAGAAAUGGCACCAUAUGGUAAACUUCAACAGCCUUGGCCCUCCACAACAAAUUCACCAGCUGCCACAGUUUCUGGGAUGCCAAAUGAUGGGAAAAAUGGGAGUUCUGCUGUUAGUGAUGAGGAUGAGAUGGAGGAGGAAGCCCCUGAGGGUAGUCUGACAACUGAACUGGCACUGGGAAAUCUAGGUGGGUUUGGUAUCGGAUCAACUCCAAUCAACUCUCGGAGACCAAAUCCAUUUGGUGGGGAAAUGCUGCAUAAAGCUGCAACUUCGCCAAGUUCACCAUUUACAUUGCCAACUCCAAGUGCUGAGUUGUUCCGACCUGCAUCCUUUAACUUCCAGUCUCCAUUAUAUUCCCAGCCAUCUCAGUCAGCAAAUAUUGGUGCUUUCUCGAGUGCAUUUAAUACUGGAAACACCAGUCAAGGUGCUACAGCAAGUGGAUUUGGCCAGCCAGGACAAUUUGGGUCAGGUCAGCAAGCUCUAGGAUCGGUGCUUGGUGCCUUUGGACAGUCAAGACAGUUGGGUGCUAGCCCACCUAGAAGUGGUAUUCCACCUCCAAGUGGUUUAACUGGCAUGUCCACCGGUGGUUUUGGAGGUGGUUUUUCAAGCGUUGCCUCAGCUGGCGGUGGAUUUGCUAGUCUGGCCACAGGUGGUGGAUUUGCAGCUGCUGCAAUGACUGGGGGGGGUGGGUUUGCCGCUGCUGCUACAGCUGGAGGUGGAUUUGCUGCAGCUGCCCCAGCUGGUUCUGGUUUUGCAAGUGGAGGGUUUGGAGCUUUUAGUACCCAAGGCGGUGGAGGCUUUUCUACAUUUGCUACUAGUUCUGGAGCUGGAAGACCUCCGUCUGAACUCUUCACGCAAAUGAGAAAAUAACUGUUACAAAGGUCGUACUAGGUCCAGUUUCUCUGGCCGGUGUCUGCUUUUUCAUUUUAGAUACUGUGACAUGGGGAUGCGUUGCAUAUAGUAUUAUUGGUUAAUUUUCUUUUGCUCCUACUUUUCGCAACAGCCUCUGCUGAUGAAUGUGUGUGUGCGCGGUUGCGGUUUGUGCAAGAGAGUUGUAACUAAUCAUUGUUGAGGCCCUUUGGUUGAAAAGGAGAGGUCUUGCAUAUUCAGGGUAGUGUUUUAAGGUGUCAAUUAUUUACUCAGAGCCAAAGCGAGGCAUAGAGAUCAAUCCAAAGUUUGAGAUGUUAAAUAAUCAUGCAGUCGAUCAAAAUUCAGACGAA